AUGUAUCACAACGACCAGCAGUCAUCCCAACAGAACUACUACCAGUCCCAACAAAUUCGUCGCGACUCAUUUUCCAACCCAUCAAUCAACGAUCCUCUCUUGGAAAGAAGUCUCUCCCAAGGAUUCUCUCUCAGUCAAGCGCAGUCUCAAAUCGGUCAUUUCCCAAAUCAGCCAUUGGAACUCAACAACUUACCCGCCGACCAUUUUUACACAGGCACCGAAUACAAUUAUGGGCACCCCAUUCGUCUGAAUCAUCAGAGUCCUGUCGAGCAAUUUCCUGGACGUACCCGUGGUUAUACAUCAUCGACUCGUGCGGCCAUCCAUCCGGCUUCUGGCAUAAUAUACUCUGGUCCACUUGGAAUUGUUAAUAGCGCGUAUUCUGGACCGCCCGAACCUGUAAACGCGAGAAACCCGCCCAAAGAGCCGAUAACAGCCGGGGCUACUGGCACCAUUGCGGGCGAACCAGCAAGCAGCUCAAACCUAGCUAGCAGUGAUUCUUCUCGUCCAAUCUCCGACGGAAUCCCCUCUCAAUCCUUUGGCAGCUUAGGACGUACGAUUUCCACGACCUCGGGGCAACCAGAAGCUUUGAUUGAAUCUAACUCCGCUCGGGCCAUUGACACGCGUCCAGCUUCUACAAGCCAGCGCCCAGACUCUUCAGAUUCAAUCCGGCCAGUCCCACCGAGCUCUACUCAAGCCAGAGAAAAAAUCGCCUUGCCCAUCAACAUCAAGACCAGCUUGAAUUCUCCAGUCAACCUCGCCAGGCUCAAUCAACUGUUGUACGAGAUCCUCAAGAUGAGAUAA